AUGGCAUCAACCAAUAUUAUUGUUCCGGAAUCGGCUGUGAGAAUCAUCGGACAACCAAAAAUUUAUCAAGAUAGUAAAACGGAUAGUGGAAAGACGGUUCAACGUGCUUUUUGUGAUAACUGUGGCAGUCCAAUUUAUUCAUCUACACCGAGUAUACCUGGUGCCUGGAUCAUCAAAAUGGGAUUAUUUGAUGAUAUUCCUAAACCAUCAAUGGAAGUCUAUUGUAAAUCAAGACUGUCUUGGAACAAACCAAUUGAUGGUGCAAAACAAUUUGAUACAAUGCCAACACAAAAUUUAUAA